UAGGAUCUGGGAAAAUUCUAGCAUCAUAUUACUACAAAGACAUCGACAGCAUUAGUGAGGUGACCGACUACCCUGGCGGAUUUGUCGUCGUCAAAUCAGAGUUUGGUCGAAUGCAUCUUUUCGCGAGUGAGGCGAGAGAUGAGAUAAUUAGAAAAAUACAGGAGGAUGCUAUUAAUUUUACCGGACUUCAAGUUCGGAAAAAAGAUCCCAUAAAAUUUGAAGGAUUUGUCGACGGAAAAUUUGGUCGAUUUCAAGGAGAUGAAUAUAUAACUUCUAUAUCGGAGUUUACUGUACAAAAACUUUCACAAAGACGGGAUGAACCUAUUCGACGUAUCCUGAGUCUAACUGAGAGCACUGUUGUUGAACGGGAUCCAGCAACCUACAAUGUGAUAACUCUAAGACCGUUGUCAAUGAUAGCUGCGCUUGUCAGACAAAAAGAAAAUCCGCAACUUCUCAGUAUACAGUACAUAGAUGGGGAAAACAGAUCAUACUUAUCAACGGACAGAGACAGUUUACUUGCUUCUCUUCUUGACGGAGCUAGAGCUGCCGGGAACCCUGAUGUGCACGUGCGCAUGAGCUGGUAUGAGCGCGGAAAGCGCCUUGGCCCCCUUGACCAGCCUAUGGGAGAGGAGGUUGAAUCCUUUAGUCUGAAAUUCUUAACCUCGCAGCCAGUUGGCUGGGACUUUGCCCAGGCUGUUUCAAGAUUUAACGCCAACGUAUCCUACAGUGGGCUCCUCCACGCUGUAACCCAGGAGCACCUUUUCGCGGAGAACAAGGAGAAGUUGAUCAGCUCCGCAAUAAGUAGUCUCAUCUCCAAGGAGGGGGACCAGGACUCCAUCAGCAGUCCGGAGCUUGAGCAGCAGUUCCACUGCUUAAGAAGGUUGGUAGCCAGCAAGGCAGGGUUUAGCUGCUUCACCUCCCUACCUGGGUUCAGGGAAAAGGUUGGGUGGAAGGUAGCGAAGGCCUUGAAGCGGGGAGAUGAUGGAAUUAGCCACGCUGCUAUUGAUAUGCUCUGUGCUCUUAUGGAACCAAUGCAUCAGGAUUACGACUUACGCCAAGAGCAGUUGAAUAAAUCCAGUUUAUUGAGUUCGGAAAAAUUCUUGGACGGACUCCUGGACAUGUGGACCAACCUGGUGGUGAGGCAGCAGGGCGCCCUGGUGGUGGCUGGAAUGCUGGACUUCCUAACCUUCUCCCUCUGCUCCCCCUACAGCGAGACUACCGACGGAAAGCAGUUUGAUAUGCUCCUGGAGAAAGUUUCAGAACGUGGCAGAACCUUGUUUCGAUUGUUCCAGCAUCCAUCUUUAACAAUAGUGAAGGGCGCAGGACUAAUCAUGAAAGCUUUAAUAGAGGAAGGAGAACAGGAGAUAGGGAUUAAAAUGCAGGGGCUAGCGUUGGCAGAAGGUGCUCUGCCACAGCACUUACUCUCAGCUCUUUACACAGAAUCUGUUGAUGGAAGGUUUUUGACGAAUCGUCAGCUAUCCCGUCACCUGGUUGGGCUAUGGACAACUGAGAGUGCUCCUACAAUGGAACUACUCAAGAGAAUUCUUCCUCCUGGUCUCCUGGUGUACCUAGAGAGUACAGACGAGGUUCCUAAAGACGACGUUGACCGGCUGAAUGUUCGGGAUAAUCUCAAGCUGGCGAUGGAAGCUAAUCAGAAGGAUAGCAACGCUUUACUCUUGGCAGCGGGCAAAGGGUUAAAAACAGCCAAACAACAAACAAUAAAAACUGCUGAGUUUGUUGCAGAAAAAACUUACAUUUACACGGACCAGGCCAAAAAGAUUGCUGAGAAGCACAUGGAGCUUGCUCUCACUCACUGGAGGGAGAGAAUGGGGAGUAACUGGCAACCUAGUAUUGGCUGGGUCAGAGGUUCAGAUCCUGCAACUCAAAGUCCUGCUUGGCUAUCUAAGAACCAGGAACGUCCUAUUGUCCUGAGAAAGAGGAGAGAACAUGUGAAGAGUAGUUCUAACUGGUUACUCUUCUACUACAUGUUUAACAAGGAUCAUGCCAAAUCUAAUCUCAUCUGGAAUUAUAAGACACGAGAGGAGCUAAGAGAAGGUCUGGAGUCAGAAAUUGCUGCUUUUAAACAAGCAAGGGAGCUCUGUGGAUCAGCUCUUAUUUCCUGGAACCAUAAAGAAUUUAAGGUGGAUUAUGUAAGUUUACAGGAAGAGAUCAAAAUAGGACAAUACUUUCUCAGACUGCUGCUAGAAGAGGAUACUAUGGGUGGUGCAGACUCUAUUAUAACAAACCCAUCAGUUUUCUUUAAUGAUCUUUAUCAUAGGUUUCUGUUAACACCAAAGAUAGACAUGAAAUGUUUAUGCCUGCAAGCUAUGGCUAUUGUGUAUGGUAGACAUCAUGAGGAUAUUGGACCCUUCAACGAUACCAAAUAUAUUCUUGCAAUGUUAGACAGAACAGUGGAUAGGAAUGAACGGGAUAGAUUAGUCUUCUUUCUCUCCAAGCUUAUUCUCAACAGAGAGAAUGUUGUCGAUGUUCUGAGAACUAACGGAUUGAAGAUUUUAGUGGAUCUAAUUACCCUAGCUCAUCUGCACACCUCUCGAGCAGUUGCUCCGACACAAAGCCAAGCUAUCGAGUCUGUGGGAAUAGAGAAGGGGAUGGAAAAGGAAUGGUACUACGGGAAUGUAGACAAGGAGAGGAAUGGGCCUGUUGGCUUUACAGAGAUUAAAGAUCUCUAUAAGGAAGGAACUGUAACUGCCAAGACUAAAGUGUGGGCCCAGGGAAUGGAAGGCUGGAAACUAUUGCAUCAAGUUCCACAGCUGAAAUGGUCCCUAGUAGCUAAAGGAACCCCUGUGAUGAAUGAAUCGGAGCUUGCAACUUUAAUACUCAAGAUCUUGAUCCAGAUGACUUAUUUUUAUCCUAGCAGGGACUCAGAUGGUGCUAUUAUAAGACCUUUGCCGACUGUGAAAAGAGUUCUAAGUGAGCCAACAACCCUGCCCCACAUUGUCCAGAUACUUCUAACAUUUGAUCCUGUUCUCGUAGAACAAGUUUCUAUUCUGCUCUUCAGAAUAAUGGAAGAUAAUCCCAAGCUGUCCACACUGUACACCACGGGUAUAUUCUUCUUCAUUCUCAUGUACACCGGGUCUAACGUACUGCCUAUUGGUCGGUUCCUGGGUAUGACCCACGACAAGCAGGCCUUCAGAAGCGACAAGGAAGGGAGCAGCGACAGAAUGACAAGAAGCGUUCUAGGACAACUACUCCCGGAGGCAAUGGUUGCCUACCUAGACAACCACGGACCUGAGAAGUUUUCAACAAUUUUUCUUGGAGAAUAUGACACGCCGGAGGCAAUCUGGUGCGGUGAGAUGCGAUCUCUGAUGAUCCAGAAGAUUGCCUACCAUUUGGCGGAUUUUACCCCUAGAUUGCAGAGUAAUAACAGGGCCAUCUACCAGUACUGUCCUAUACCUAUCAUCACAUAUCCAACACUUGAAGAAGAUCUAUUCUGUGAUAUCUACUAUCUCAGGAACCUGUGCAACUCCACCAAGUUCCCCUCCUGGCCUAUAUCUGAUCCUGUUAAGCUUUUAAAGGAGGUGCUGGGUGCCUGGAGGACUGAGGUGGAUAAAAAACCAGCAACUAUGUCAGUUGAUGAUGCUUAUAAGGAACUAGGACUCGUCCCCGGAACUCAGCAUGAUGAUAGUAUUGUCAGAAAAGCAUAUUUUAGGUUGGCCCAAAAAUAUCAUCCUGAUAAAAACCCGACUGGACGAGAGAGAUUUGAAUCCAUUAAUGCUGCGUAUGAAUACCUUUGCUCCAAAUCUGCCCGCGUAGGGUCUGGACCUGACCCUAACAAUAUAGUUCUUAUCCUGCGAACCCAAUCCAUCCUGUUUGACCGACACAGUCCUGAACUCCAGCCCUACAAGUAUGCUGGUUAUCCUAUGCUCAUUAAAACUAUUAAGUUUGAGAGCGAGGAUUCGGGAUUAUUUUCAAAGACUGCUCCUCUGCUUGCUGCUGCUUCUGAGUGUGCAUACCAUACUGUUAGAUGUUCCGCUCUUAAUGCAGAAGAACUCAGGAGAGAGCAGGGACUUGAAGCUUUGUACAAUGCGUUUGAGAGAUGUGUAGGAGUACUGUCUGCUAGUAGUCAGGAGAGUGAUGUAGCAGUGGAUGUUUGUACUCAUAUCAUCAGAUGCUACUCAGUAGCAGCACAAUUCCAGGCAUGUCGGGAUCGUCUGAUAGAAAUGCCUGAGCUGGUGAAGAGUGUAUGUCGUGUACUGUACUACCGUCAGCUAACCAGCCUGGGUAUAGCUGGGGUAGAAUGUAUCUCUAGUUUAUCUUGUGAUGCAAUUCUACAGAUGCAUCUGUUACAGGCUGGGGCUCUGUGGCAUCUUCUUCUAACACUAUUUGACUACGAUCAUACUCUAGAGGAGGGAGGAGUAGAACAGGAGGAAGGGACAAACAAACAGGCGAUAGCAAACAGGCUAGCAAUACAGUCAAUCAAAGCUCUGGCACGGCUAGGUGGAUAUCUUGCGGAACCAGAUCUUACACCAGACAAUCCUAUAGUCAAGGAAGGAUUAUCUGCAAUGAUGACUCCGUAUCUGGCCAAACAACUUCACAAGAAUAUUCCUCAUGAAACAUUGAAGCUUCUCAACUCAAACUCAGAGAACCCGUAUCUAGUCUGGAAUAAUGGAACAAGAUCUGAGUUGACCCAAUUUCUGGAAGAGCAGCGGGACUCUGCCGUUCGCCGGGGCGAAUCUGAUCCCGCCUUCGGGGCGGAGUUUAAAUAUUCGGCGCAUAUUAAUGAACUAGUGGUCGGUACAGUCUAUCUCAGAAUCUACAAUUUGAAUCCAACCUUUUCUCUUGAAGAUCCUAAAUCCUUUACAGUCGAUCUUCUCGAGUUCAUCCGCGAUAAAACCGAGGCCAUGACGGUGCAAUCCAUAUUCCCAACGGACGACACUAAGCACGGGCAGAUGGCGUUGGAGUCGCUGGCCAACGUGAUCAGGAAUAACACCGGGGUUGAAUUCCAGCUGAUGGGACACUACAAGUCUCUCUUCCGUCUCCUGGACUCACCCUAUCCAACGAUUCAGGAAACUGCGCUGAGCGUGAUAAGUUCUACAACGGGUAAUGCUGAAUGUGUGAGCGAUAUUGCCGCUGCGGGUUGCAUCACCCGCCUCCUCAUAGCACUUAAGAAGAUGUCCCAGACAGCCAAGAUCAACGUGUUGGAAACCCUCUACUCUCUGUUCAGCAACACCAAGCUGGUUAAGGAGGGUCAGGAGAAAGGGACUGUUCUCUAUCUUCUGGACAUAUUCUGCAAUAGUGAAAUCCCCGGCAUACGUGAGAAGACAGCUGAGGUUCUGGCCAAGAUGGUGAUGGAUAAACUAGUUGGACCUAAAGUUAGGAUUUCAAUAAAUAAAUUUCUUCCAACAAUUUUUGUCGACGCCAUGAAACAGAGUCCAGAGGCUGCUGUAUCGAUGCUUGACUCUGAGCACGAGAACCCUGAAUUAAUCUGGAAUGAAGCGACGAGGAAUAAAGUUGCAAGAUUUAUACAAGAGGAGUGUGAGAAACUUUUCCAGAAGCAGACUGGUGACCCUGCUCUUGGUUGGAACCUCAGUGACGAUUUCCAGUUGAACUUCGACGACGUGGCCGGUGAGGUCGUCGUUGCUGGGGUCUAUCUCAGGAUAUUCGUUCAAAAUCCAGGUUGGGUGUUGAGGAGGCCUAAACAGUUCCUUGAAGAACUCCUGGAACGAUUGGUUAAACUGAUGAACGGGGGGAACAAUCAGGAAAUGGAACUUGUCACUCAGUCUUUAAUUCUGCUGCUGGAAGCUCAGGCUGCUUUAUGUGAGCAGCUUCCAGCUACAGGAUAUAUCAACCGGCUGCUCUCUACGAUGUCACAAAAGGGUGAAGCUGCUCAGAAACCCGGAAUUCAAUUUUUUCAUCAGAUUUCUAAGUCGAGUGUAUGUGUUGAGGGGAUGGGUAACUGCGACUGUAUUGCACCCCUACAUCGAGCAAUGAAACUUAGGAAGGAUUUGUUAGUUGUCAGCUGUGAGAUGUUUAACAGAAUAUUUGGAUUUAAUCAUGACAGUUUGGUUUCCCAGGCACUUAAUUCAGGAUUAGUUAAGGAUCUUCUGGGUAUUCUGAGUUCAAGACUAGACAAUAUACCUAAUAAAGCUGCCUGUAAAGCUCAGGUUGUCAACGCAUUAAAAUCUCUGCAGCGAAGUUUAGUUUAUGGAGAUGAGGUCUCAAAACUUCUUAAUUCUACACAGGUUUGGUCCCAGUACGAGGCCCAGAAGCAUGAUCUGUUCAUCGAGGAUCGGCCGACGAUGGCAAUAUCCUCCCAGCCGGCCACCGCCGGAUAUCUCACCAUGGCGCGGCAUGCUAUGCCCAGCGUGCCGCCUCCAAUUGAAAAUGAUGACUCAGACAGGGAUAACAGUCUGCUGAUGUAAGAAGAAAAGUGCUUAAUAUGGUUCAAGUGUAUGUAUUGUGACACUACCAGUGGUGAGGAUGGUGGUCUGUGAUAGCUGAUUUUAUGUUUCGCGCAUUUAUUUGAUUCCCUGUGAUGUGUAUUCCGCUAAACUAUUAACGUGGCAAAAUCUGUGAGCAGAUAGAAGACGAUUUCUGUGUGAGUGGAGAUUGCCGCAUGUUAUUCUUUUCCUGGAUCCCAUUUAGUCUUUUUUUAUAGUAUUUAUUGUCUAUAUUAAUAAAUGAUUAUGAUAACUAAA